AAAAAAAGACACUCUCUUCGUAGAUCAGGCAGGCCCUUGUUGCUUGUUCCUAUCCACCGCCGAUAUGAACUACGGAUCGACGGACGCUCCGGCGAAAGUUGCCAAGAGCCCCGAUGGCAGCUCUCCAUCGUCGCCAAUCGGGGCCGAUACUAGCCUUGCACAUAGCCAAGAAUCUGUCUCCUCUGCCUCCGUUACACAGGUGGAUGAGUCCGAAUCAAAGGAGGGGUGGCGACGCACGCUGGGACAGAAACUAAACAGCUUCUAUGAGAGGAACUUUGGGCUUUUUUUGGUGUUCUUGGCGCAGAUGUUUGGAUCCAUCAUGUCCAUGGCAACCCGACUGCUCGAGACUGGGUUCGAGACAAAGUUCCACGCUUUGCAAGUCAUAUUCGUGCGAAUGCUGACUACGGGUGUCCUGGGGUCUCUAUACAUGUGGUACAAACAAGUUCCCGACUUUCCAUUCGGAGAGCGUAGUGUGCGGCGACUUCUAGUGCUGCGUGGCAUGGCUGGGUUUACUGGCCUGUUUGGCUUGUACUACGCACUCUCCUACUUGGAACUAUCUGAGGCUACUAUCAUAACUUUUCUUGUGCCUACGCUGACUGCAUUUGUCUGCUUCGUUGUGUUGAGGGAGCCAUUCACGGUGAAGGAGGCCAUGGCGGGCGUCAUUGCAUUCGCCGGGGUUAUAUUCAUCGCCCGACCAACCUUCCUAUUCCCAGACGCGGAAGCUGGCCCGUUGCAUCCUGAUUCUCCCCACUCCAAAGGAACAUCCGUUUUUGCCAUGGACAAAGGUCUCGUACCUUCAGUGCCAGCCACCCCAGCAGAACGUGCCUUGGCUGUGACAUGUGCAGUCGCGGGUACUUUCGCAUCAGCAACUGCGUACGCCACGAUUCGGCUCAUCGGUAAGCGGACUCACUCGCUCGUGAGCGUCAACUACUUUGCCAUCCUGGCCACCGUGGGGUCGUUCCUCAUCCUCAUCAUCCAUCCGGAUCUGCAUUUUGAGACCCCGCAGAAUGCUGCGCAAUGGAUCUUGCUCGUCACCAUCGGAGUCGCGGGGUUUCUAUUACAGUUCCUCCUGACGGAAGGGCUGCAGAGGGAAAAGGCUGGCAGGGCGACAAAUCUUAUUUACACACAAUUGGUAUUCGCACUCAUCAUAGAAAGGGUUGUUUGGGGAACUACGCCGCCUGUGGAAAGCCUAUUCGGUGGUGCUCUGAUCAUCGCAGCGGCCCUCUGGGUCAGUCUGCAGAAGAACCAGACACCGCCUGCUGUGCCGCAGAACCAGCAGGUCGUCGAUGAGGAAAGCAGUCUACUGGGUAGUGCUGGUGAGGACACCAAUCGACGCGUCUGAUUGCAGGUGUUCCGACGUAGUUAUUUGGGGGAUAUCCGUGUAUGCAAGGGGUGGGUGGGCAUUAGCAGAGUGAGGAAGCACAAAUGAUUAAUGGUGUGGGUAUGGAUGUUACUGUUCACUAGAUCAGGAGAUGGAAAGUAGAGGCCUAGAGGUACAGAUAGUGAGGGCCAACUGUCCCGAGAGUGCUCUAGAGAAUAGAAAGAAGAGAGGAAGAUGAAAGAAUGCACAACUUGAAUCCAU